AUGGCGUGGCAGCCACAGCCAGACCAGCUCAAUCAGCUGGCUCAGUGCCUUCGAGAUUCUCUCAGCGGCCAUGACGUCGCUGCACAAAAGAAUGCAGAGCAGGUGCGUGGAAAGCUGGAGGUCCGGCUUCUGGCGAGCUUUCACUGACGGCGUGACAGAUGCUACGGCAAGCAAAGAGCUCCCCAGACAUCAACAACUACCUCGUAUACCUAUGCGUAACGCCCAACUCCACCACUGGUCUUCCACCAGAUGCAUACCAUGCCGCCCGCAGCGCCGCGGCCAUCAUGCUCAAGAACAAUGUCAAGUCUUCGUACAGAUCAUUACCGGAGCAGAGCAAGUCAUACAUCAAGUCCAAUGUGCUGCUUGGUCUGCAAGAUCGGAACACGCAGAUCCGCAAUUAUGUCGGAAAUGUCAUCACCGAGACUGUUCGACAGGGCGGUAUCCUCGGCUGGUCACAGGUGCUGCCCGAACUGGUCGCCAUGGUGGAGAAUGGCCAGGAUCCUAAUGCCCAGGACGGAGCGAUGAGCGCCCUCUUCAAAAUUUGCGAAGACAACCGCAAAGCGUUAGACCAGGAGUACCAGACACAGCGACCCCUGGCCUUCUUAUUACCCAAGCUCGUCGAGUUCACGCGCAGCCAGAACCUCAAGGUCAGGUCGAAAGCGCUUGCUGCGAUCAACGUCUUCUUGAACGAGCCAGUCGCACUCACGAUUCGCGAGAAUAUCAACGAGAUCCUGCCCGAGAUUGUGCGACUAUCGACAGACAGCGAGGCCGAUGUGCGCAGAUUCGUGUGCCGAGCAUUUGCACUGCUCGCGGAUUCUCUGCCUGGGGUGCUUCUUCCUCACGUCCAAGGAAUUGUUGACUAUACCCUGUCGCAGCAGAAGGAUGUCCAUAAUCAGGAGCUGGCCUUGGACGCGGCCGAAUUCUUCUUUGAAGCUAGCAGCAACGCGGAGCUGCGGCAGGCACUGGGUCCACACCUGAGCCGGAUUGUCCCGGUGCUUCUCGACUGCAUGAUCUACAGCGAGGACGAUCAGCUGCGCCUAGAGGGCGAUGAAGACGAUGCUGAACUCGACGAUGAGGCCAAGGAUAUCAAGCCACAAUUCGCCACCUCCAAGUCAUCUCGAGCAGAUCAGAGCGGAGCUAGUACUGCUCAAACCAACGGCCAAGCUAAGCCUGCCGUCAAUGGCUUCGCUUACGAGGACGAGGACGACGACUUGAGUGAAGGUGAGAUCGACGAGGAUGAAGACUUCGACGAUAUCGAUCCUGAGGAGGAGUGGAAUCUCCGAAAGUGCUCUGCAGCCUCGCUCGACAGCCUCGCCGGGCAAUUUCACAGUGAUGUCUUCAAACAAGUCCUGCCUUGGCUAAUGGACAACCUACAACACCGAGACUGGCCAAACCGUGAAGCAGCAGUACUAGCUCUUGGAGCUAUCGGUCCUGGAUGCAUGGACGACAUAACGCCGCACCUGCCACAGUUGAUCCCGUACAUGCUCACCCUUCUGAACGACCAACAGCCGGUUGUGCGAGUGAUCACUUGUUGGUCGUUAAGCAGGUACGCACAAUGGGCGGCGCACGACGAGGCCGCGCCGAAGCGGGAGUUCUUCGAGCCGAUAAUGGAAGGUCUGCUUCAGCGUAUGCUCGACAACAACAAGAAGGUCCAAGAGUCAGCCGCUUCCGCCUUUGCGGCCCUAGAAGAAAAGGCAAAUACCGCUCUCGCACCGUACUGUCAUGUCAUCCUGCAGCAGUUUGUCAAAUGCUUUGGCAAAUACAAAGACAAGAAUAUGUACAUUCUGUACGACUGCGUACAGACUCUGGCCGAACAUGCGUCGCCGACACUCGCACAGCCGGAGAACGUCAAUCUUCUGAUGCCGGCCUUGAUCGAACGCUGGCACAAAGUACAGGACCAGUCGCGGGAAAUGUUCCCGUUGCUCGAGUGCCUCUCCUUCGUCGCUCAAGCUCUUGGAGCACAGUUUGCGCCAUUCGCUCAGCCACUCUUCAUGCGCUGCAUCAAACUGAUUCAGCAAAACUUGGAGGACGGCCUCUCGGCAGAGCAAUCGUUCAUGGAUCAACCGGACAAAGACUUCCUGGUGACCAGCCUAGACCUGUUAAGCAGCAUCAUCCAGGCGCUGAGCGAGGAUCAAAGUACACAACUGGCAACGUCUGCCCAACCCAACAUGUUCCAGCUGCUUGCAUAUUGCAUGAAGGAUGGGAAUAACGACGUGCGCCAAUCAGCAUACGCCUUGCUUGGCGACUGCGCCAUCUACAUCUUUCCACAGCUCCAGGAGUUCUUGCCGGACCUGAUGGAGAUCCUCCUUGCGCAGCUUGACCUCAAUGAGGCGUCCGUGGAUGCGGAGACGGCCUUCCGGGUGAUUAACAAUGCCUGCUGGUCUUGCGGCGAAAUCGCCAUGCGCCACAAGGAGGGCAUGACACCCUACGUUGAACGACUUCUCCACAAGCUGGCCAUUAUUAUGUUCAACAAGGACGUUCCAGAUUCUCUGCGAGAGAACGCAGCGAUUGCACUCGGUCGACUCGGACUUGGUUGCCACCAACAGCUGGCUCCGCAUCUUGAGAAGUUUGCGCCGCCGUUCUUGCAGUCCAUGCAGAAGGUCAGCUGGACCGACGAGAAGGGCCAUGCGUACAAAGGCUUUGUCAACAUUGUGCUUGACAAUCCCAAGGCGCUGGAGAACUGCUUGCUGGACUUCUUUCUGGAGAUGGCCAACGCACCGGGACUCUUCCUCACCGGCAUGCAGGACGACGGACCCCUGAACGGCUUCGAGCGGGUACUGGCACAGUACAAGCAGAUGAUCGGAGAUGGCUUCGACCAAUAUCUGCACAACCUACCGGCGCCGAAGGAGCAGGCACUGCGCCAACUGUAUUCCUUUUAG